AUGAAGUUUACAGAAAAAUUAAGUGCCCAUUUGACUCCAGAAUGGCGACAACAAUACAUUUGUUAUGCAGAUCUGAAGAACAUGAUCUUAAAUGCUGUAGAAAAUGCCCCACUUAAGGAGAUUUCCACCGGCCGCAUUAUGGACAAUUACUACGCAAAAUUCGAAGAGGAAUUCCUUAUGGAGUGUGAAAAUGAAUUACGAAAAAUUAACACAUUUUAUGCUGAAAAAUUAGCCGAAGCCAAAAGACGUAAUGACAAUCUCUCUACAGUAUUGGAUGAGCUUAUCGUUGAGUUUCGUUUAAGGACCCGCACCAUGUCUCGCAAGAGUAUACAUCAAAAUACCAUAAGAAAAAGAUUAAAACAAAAAAAAUCAAAUAUGGUUGAUUUGAAAAAUGGUUUUAGUGAAUUAUAUUUAAGUUUGGUGCUAUUGCAAAACUAUAAAAUGUUAAAUCAUACCGGAUUUAAAAAGAUACUGAAAAAAUAUGACAAGUUAUUAAACAAUACUAAGGGAAAGAAAUGGUUUGAUGAGAAUAUUGCAAUGGCUUAUUUUUUUAAAAACAAUGAUUUGGACAGACUUAUGCAAGAUGUUGAAAAUAAUUUUACAGAAUAUUUGGAAAACGGAGAUCGUACACAAGCUAUGAAACGUUUAAGAGUUCCACCCUUGGAGGAAAUACAGGAAGUUGGAACGGUAUUUCGAGUGGGACUGUUUUUGGGUGCAUUUAUAGUACUUCUGGGGUUUAUAUUAAUAUUGUCUUUUUUUGGCAAUUUAGAUACGAAUUUUCAGUCGGUUCACGGUUUAAUUUUAUUUCGUGCUCCAUUUUAUGUGAUCAUGUACUUAUUUCUAUUAGGAAUAAAUGUAUUUAGUUGGCGUCGUGCCGGUGUUAAUCAUAUAUUAAUAUUUGAAAUAAAUCCACGUAAACAUUUAACAUAUUCCCAUUUAUUGGAAUUACAUGCUAUUUUUGGUAUAAUAUGGUCCUUUUGUGUACUGGCUUUCAUAUAUGCCGAUUAUAUUAAUAUGUCACGGUUAUUGUUUCCAUUACUCUUAAUUGGUAUAAUGCUGGCGUUUCUUUUUAAUCCUCUUCCAAUAUUUCAUUGCAAUGCCCGUUAUUGGCUGCUGAGAUUAAUGGGUCGUGUAAUAUUGGCUCCCUUGUUUUCUGUUGGAUUUGCAGAUUUUUGGUUCGGCGAUCAAUUAAAUUCUCUGGUUGCUUGCCUUUUGGAUUUUAAAUACCUAUUAUGUUUUUAUAUAAGUAAUUCCAGUGGGAAAGCAGAUGUUCCCUACAGUCAAUGUAUGGAAAGAGACUACGUGGGUAAUGCUGUUGUGCGUUGUUUGCCGUCUUGGUUUCGCUUUGCUCAAUGCUUAAGACGUUAUUGUGAUACAGGUCAGGUCCAUCCGUUUCUGGUGAAUGCUGGAAAGUAUGCUGCUACAUUUCCCAUGGUUAUAUUUUUAACAUUAGCAGCUAAAUAUAAAGAUAAUUACGAAUAUACAUUUCAAAAUCCUUUCAUUUGGUUUUAUCUGGUAUCGGCCAUUAUUCAAACUUGUUACUGCUGCUGCUGGGAUAUUUUACGAGAUUUUGGUUUAUUACAAACAUUUUCGGCUAAAAAUAUUUUCCUACGAGAGCACAUUAUCUAUCAUCCUGUAUUUUAUUAUUUCGCUAUUGUGGAAAACAUUAUAUUGCGUUUCUUUUGGGCAAUAGCUCUUUAUCUGACAACGCAAAAUUAUAUAAGCUCGUAUAAUAUGGACUCUUUAGCGGGUUGUUUGGAAAUAAUCAGACGUUAUAUUUGGAAUUAUGUGCGCUUGGAAAAUGAGCAUUUAUUUAAUGUGGGACAAUUUCGAGCAGUACGUGAUAUUUUUAUAGCACCCAUAGAAACCAAGAAUUCAAUAGAAUUACAAAAUAUGAUGGAUGAAAAGGAUGGUGUUGUAAAUCGUGGAGUUAAAAAAUUUAAACGUAGCUCUUUAACAGAUGCCGUUGAAGAGUUAGAAGACGAAUAG